ACAGUAGUACACCACAACAAAAAAAAAAAAAACACUCCAAAUCAACUAAAAUGCGCCUCCCCUACGCCCCCGCAACCCCACCAGCCAACUCCCCGGCCAAAGUCAGCGAAAUCUACGCCCGGAUCGCGGCGCGCCGCUCGCCGCGGCCGCUCAUCCCGCUCGACCUCUCCCUGCUGCACUCGCCGCCGGUCGCGGACGGGUGGAACAGCUUCCUGGGGGCGAUCCGCACGGAGACCGUGAUCGACCCGGGGCUGCUGGAGCUGGCCGUGUGCCGCGUGGCGGUGCUGACGGGCGCCGUGUACGAGUGGAACGCGCACGCGCCGCUCGCGCUGAAGGGCGGGGUGCAGGCGGCGGAGCUGCAGGCCGUGCGGGAGUUGGCCUCCACGGCGGAGGAGGAUGCGCCGCCGGCGGCGCUCCGGGGAAGUGCGCUGAGUGGGAGGCAGCAGGCCGUUGUCAAGUAUGCGGACGAGAUGACGCUGCGCGUGUCGGUCAGGGAGGGGACGUUUGCGGCGCUGCGGGCGGAUGGGGCGGGCGGGCUGAGUGACCGCGAGGUGGUGGAGUUGACGACGGGGGUGGCCGGGUAUAAUUGUGUGAGUAGGGUGCUGGUGGCGUUGGAUGUGGGGGAGAAUAAUGCGCGGGAGAUGAAGAGUGUGGAGGAGUUGGUGGAGGGGUUGAAGAAUUAGAUUUCUUGUUGGGAUUCGCUUUUUCUGGUGGGGGUGGAUGGGAGGGGAGCGAUGUAUAUAUGUGCUUUGGUUGAAAAUGUGUCAUUCGUUCUUGUUUCUAAGAGCUGAGUUGGUAGCUCGACCGAGACUGCUGUGGUGAGUGUUUGUGUUGCCUAUACAGUUUACUUACAGGCAGUAUGUCAAAAUCGCAGGGGGUAUGGAUGCUAAGCGCCAUAUGGUAUAUAUGUUCAUUGAGAAGGGUAGUCGUGAUGCUGAUAUCCAUCAUAAGAAUAAACU